AUGAACACAGCUGCUAAGGAAGGUGAAGGUUACAUGAUGACGUCACAUUUCACAAGUCUUGUUACUAACGGGAGUUCUGCGCCUGAAAGCGGUCAAUCCACUCCUACACCGCCAACGACUAUCCAAAACAGAUCGACUCGUGGCGCUUUUUCAGGGUCUCUGAAGCUCGGCUUUGAUGGAAAGACUGACGCAAAUGACGCUACAGCAAUUCCAUCGGUCCACAAGUUGCAGCCAACUCCCACAUCACUGUUUGCAUUUCCAAGUGGCAAUGAGAAUCUCCUGCAGCAGAAUACUGAACACACUGGGGCUGAUUAUGAACACGUGCACACCGUGCCAUCGCAACAUGAGGAGAAAAUGCAGCGUAAUGAUACUAAAAAUUACGAAGAUCAGUACGUGAGCUUCGUAACUCAUACUGAAACCAAUAUUCAACCAUUCACUAUCUCAGCAUCAGCGUCGUUCUCAACCCCUGGAGAGGUUGAGAAUCACGCACAGCAGGACGGCAAAUCCGAGACCACCACAUUAGAGGCAAACUAUGGUCUCACCACUCCCCAAUAUGUACCCUUGACACCGCUGGCUGAUAUGAAAAAUUUCAAGGAGCAGUGCCGAACCGCACCAACUAAGGAAGUUGGGACAUCCAUGACAUCACCAUCAGCAUCAUUCAAGACUCCAGAUGGUGAUGAGGUCAUGUGGCAGAAUGGUGAGUCCAAUAGCACAAAAGUUGAGGCCAGUUAUCACAAUGACGCAGAGACCACAACCCAGGAUGUGGACUUCAUACCAAGCACAGAUACAAAUAAUUUGAAGGGGGAUGUUGAUGAAUUCAACGCUACUAUUUCCUCGUCAUCUCAGGAACCUGGAACAUCCACCAUCUCACCAUCAGUUCUUGGUGCUGAAGAGGGACUCCCGCAGAAGAAUGGUGAAACCACUGCUGCAUCGUUCGAGGCUAACUAUGAUGGUACUGGGCCAACCACACCUCAUUAUGAACACUUCACAUCACGCACUAGUACUAAUAAUUCCAAUGAGCAGGAUGGGAAAUUCAGCACUACUACAGAUUCGUCAGCUCUAGAAACUGGAAGAGUUCCCACCUCACCAUCAGCAUUGUCUGUGGUCCCGAAUAAUGAUGCGAGUGGCACGCAACAAAAUGGAGAACCCACUGUCACAACAUUCGAGGUCGAAUCUAAUGCUGAAGUGACCACCACACCACAGUAUGAUGAUUUCACACUGCGCACUACUACCAAGAAUUCCACAGUGCAGGAUGAUGAAUUCAGCACUACCACGGUCUCGUCAGCUCAGGAAAUCGGGACAACUACCACCUCCCCAACAAAGUUGUUCACUAUUCCUAAUAACGAUGUGAGUGGUACGCAGCAGAAAGGAGAACCCACCGCUGCAACAUUCGAGAGCGGAAAUGAUGCCGAAGCGAGCACCAUACCACAGUAUGCUGACUUCAUACACCGCACUGAUACCAAGAAGUCCAGUGAGCAGGAUGAUAUUUUCAACGCUAUCCCUGCCUCGUCAGCUCAUGGUGUUGAAUUGACCACCAUCUCGCCACUAAAGCUAUUCACGAUUCCUAAUGAUGGCGAGGGUCUUAGGCAGAAAAAUGUUGAAGCCACCGCCACAACAUUCCAGAUCGACUAUGAUGGCAUACAACAAGAUGCACCCUUAGCUGAACACAUUACACCACCCACUGGUACCAAGAAUUUCACAGAAGAGGCUGGUGAAAUCGAGUCUAACAUGCCUUCGUCAUCUCAUGGUAUUUUGCCAACCAGCAGUUUUCCAUCAAUGCGAUUGCCAGGACAAGCAGAUAAUGAUAACUGCACACAGCAGGAAUGUGAUUCCGUUGGCACCACAGUUACUGUGUAUCCGGAAGAUAACCUCACCACUAUGUCAUCACUAACGCCAGUCGCCGUGCCUGUGGAUGGUGGCAAUAUUAAAGAGCACAGUGGUGGACCAAAUAUCACCUUGAGUCCGGAACCUAAUAAAGAUGAGUCUGCUGCCACCCCAUGGUUCCCACCGACUAUUAACGGUAAUAAUCUCACAUUGCAAAUCAAUAAAUGUAAGGGCAGCAACCUUGGUACUAACCAGGAAAAGCACUCCCCGAUGUCAUUUCUAGCGAUUUUCCAAAUGCUGGCUGGUAUUAAUGAUAACAGCACGCUGAUGUGUGACGAGCCAGGUGUCACAGCGACUCCGCCAACUAAUGAAGAGACUUCAUAUAACACAACAGCGAAACAAGACACUACAACUAUCUCUAAGGACGAAGCAGUGGAUGGCAGCAAAACUAAAAGCUAUUACCCAUCAUACAAUGGAUCUUCUCUUGACGAAUUACUAAUGUUGUACGAGCUACACACUACAAUACUCAAGAUAAUGUCUAUCAUCUUAGGGGCGGCAGUAGCUCUCAUUUUACUCAUCAUUGGAUACGAAUACUGCAGGAAACAUAGACGAGGCGACCGCACUGCAGUUUCUCCGCAUACUGCUGAACCUCAUGACGCAGGACAACCUUCCACUUCUCAGGCGUCUACUUCCGAAGAGCCCAUAAUAAGAUUUCGAGAUUUGCUCUCUCGUGAAGAGAAUAAUUAG